UAUGGAGCCAAAUUCCACCACUUUGCGGUGGCGUGCUUGUUGGAACUUCUGUCCCACAAUGCAAAGGACCUGGCGGGGAAUUCGAAAGUACUGACGAGUUACCGAGAUUCUUUGCGCCAAUCACAGCUUAGUGCAUCGCGGAAAUGGAUCAUUCGCCAAUUAAUGAGAGGAGUUUGUAAGAGGCUGGAAAUAGCGCUCAUGCUUGCAGACAACGGGUACGACGUGUGGCUGACCAACAGCCGCGGCAACGACUACUCCAAGAAGCACGAAAACAUGACUCGGCGAGAUCCACGCUUCUGGAUGUUCAGCUUAAUUCAUGGAAAUACCGAUAUAUCAUGCAAAAUGUUCGGAGCAUUGAAAACAGAGAAUUUCCCUCAGAGGAAAUGCAACAAGAUCAUAUUACUAGAAACGCAUGAUAACAAAUUUGUCGAGGGCAGCUGGCACGAGAUGGGCGUGUACGACAUCCCGGCGUGCAUCGACUACAUCCUGAACGCGACGCGGCAGGAGAAGCUGUUCUACGUGGGCCACUCCAUGGGCAACUCCGUGUUCUUCGUGGCGCUGGGGCUGCGGCCGGAGUACAACGCCAAGAUCCGCCUGCAGCUGUCGUUCGGGCCGUCCGCCUUCUUCCACGGCGCAGCCUCCGCCCCGCUGCGCAUCGUCACCGCCAACGCAGAUUACAUCAAGGUGGCGCUGAACCUGUUUCCAACAUACGAACUGCUGCCCAAGACAGACGCUUUUAUUGCUCUUAACUACGAGUACUGCAGUGACGACUCCUACUUCAGCAAAAUGUGUGCCGUAUUUUUCUCCUGGGGUGUUGGUGCAUUGGAUCUUAACAACACAACACAGCUGGCCCGGCAACUUGCGAGGGGGAUCAGCAGUACGUCUGCUCUGGUCCCGUGGCACUACACGCAGAUUCUGCGC